AUGAAAGGAAUUUGGAAAGCAGCUAAUAAUCAGGGCAAAGUUGCAUUCGUGUUAAAAGAAAAGUCGAAGGUUUUGAAGGAAAAUUCAAAGAGUUGGAAUAAAGAGGUGUUUGACAUCCUAAAUUUACAAGUGGCAGAAGCUGUAAAGUCUCUCAACUACUUAGACCAUCAGGCAGCAGCAAAUAUUGUGGUUUCAAGUUCUAGCAGUUUGGAAGAAGUCGGAGUCAAAGCAUCUAGCAAAGUUUGGGAAGCAAUGUACAACAAAGAGAGUAUUCUUAGACAAAAAUUUAGGCUUAUGUGGAUUAGAGAAGGGGAUUCCAACUCUAAGUGCUUUUAUAAAUUUAUGAAGAGGUAUAGUAGGAACUGCAUAUUGAGUAUUAAGAUUGAUAAGGGAAGACUUGACCAAGUGAAGGAGAUAAAAGAAAAACCAGAUUUAAUUUUUAAAGAUGACCUUUUAAGGUUUGUGAGUGAAUUCCAUAUGAUUGCAAAGGUUCCAAAAACUAUAAUUGCUUCAUUCUUGACUUUGAUUCCUAAGAAGGAUAACUCUCAAGCCCUUGUUGAGUACAUGCCCAUUAGUCUUACUAAUAGCUUAUAUAGAAUUCUUGCUAAGAUCCAAGCUACUAGGUUUAAAAAGGUCAAAUAUGAUUUAAUCUUUAAAUAUCAAUCUGCUUUCAUGGCUCAGAGAUAG